GCCGUGGUAGCCAGUGAGAACCGUUUGCGCUGAAAUGUGACGCAAUCAGUAAGCGACGGCAAACUAAUGAGAUGGAUUGUUUGAUCACACAAGUGAGAGUUGUUUGUUAUCGCUGAAACUUGUUUGACGAUUGCAGAAAUGUGCUUCUUCCUUGGCUUGUAAGGGGUAACCCCUGAGAAGGACCUCCAUUUGCCACCCUCUAAGACUUCAGUCUGAAACUGUCAACUACCUGGCCAGCCAGGGUGCAGCUCUAGUCCAGGGUCCUUAUCCACCCACAACUCAGGCAGAAAGUCCAUCUACUGGGGGGUCCCUGGUUCAGUGCCCCUGAGGGCUGGGACCAGCACUCUGGGCCAGAAGCAGCUGUGAAGGGAUGGGGUAGUAGCUGAGGACAGAGCCAUGGUUCAUAACGUCUCAGUCCCCCAAACACCACCGCCGGCACUGGUGGGCACCAAUGGCCGCUCCUCUGGGAGGAAGAGGACACCCAAGGCAUGUGACUGCUGUGGGCCAAACUCUAAGCACCACAAUGGGAAGGACCCACAUGGGAAGACUCCAGGUGGCAAGCCCAGACAACGCAGGGCCCAUCUGGGGAAGGGCAGGGGCCAGGCCCUGGGGGAGACCCCCAAGAGGACGGGUGGUCACCACUCUUCUGAGAAGACCCAGAUGACAGAGGAGCAGGUAACAGCCAUCCGACAGCUGGCGAACGACUCAGUUGUGGAGGAGGUAACCAACUCCUUGGCUCCAUUUGUAACCAGCUCUGUCGGUCAACCUGUAAUGAAUGUUGUGGCUCAACUUGUAAACAACUCUGUCGGUCAACCUCAACCUUUAACAGACUCUAUGGGUCAACCCUUAAUGAACUCUAUCGGUCAGAAGUUAACGUACACUGUGGUUAAACUGGUGACAAACUCUGUGGUUCUACCAUUAACAAACUCUGUGGUUCAACCUAUAAUGAAGGCUGUGGUUGAGCAUGUUCCUGAUUCAGAGAUGGAGCAGGAGAACGGUUGUGGUUUAGACAAACAGCCAGUAACCGACUCUAACACAGAGGUCAUGAAGCAGCCCCAGGCUGGUGACGCAGCUGUCUCCCUUUCCAACGGUACAUUGGCUGUGCCCAACGAGGAACCAACAGACUGUAGCGCCCCUAUGGAGGUGGAACCAUCAGCCACAGCCUGUGUUUCCCCAGGCAUUAUGUUAUGCAGCACUCUCCACCCCUUCGCUCUGUGGGACCACAGAGAUUACUGUGAGGUGGGAGUGUGGGCUCCAAGCCCUGAGCCAGAGGAGGACUGUGUCUCAAACCCAGCACAGCAACCCAACCCUGAAGACAACAUCCAUGAAGUAAUCAUAGACCUUAUACAUGAGUUCCUGGCGUUCUUCUAUGUGAAGUACGGGAGCUUUAUCCCCCUCAGUGAGAUUGACGUCCAGGAGCAUCUGAAGAACAAGUGUAACACUGACCUCCAUGACAAGAAGCUAAACAUCCACUCAGAAAUUAUGAAGUAUAAAGCGAGUCUCGCCUCCACCCCUAUGAAGUGCUUCAAAGUGGACUACAACAAGCACACUCUGACCCUGGAGGACCUGUCCACACUGGAUGACCAAAACUGGGUCAACGACCAGGUGAUAAACAUGUAUGGAGAAUUGAUCAUGGAUGCUACACAGAACAAGGUUCAUUUCUUCAACAGCUUUUUCCACCGGCAGCUGGUGGCCAAAGGCUACGAAGGGGUUAAGAGAUGGACUAAAAAGGUGGAUCUGUUUUCUAAGAGGCUGUUGUUGAUUCCUAUCCACCUGGAGAUUCACUGGUCCCUGAUCACAGUGGACAUAGCCAACCACCACAUCCACUAUUAUGACUCCCAGGGCAUCGUCUUCAAAUACACCAUGGAGAACAUCCUGACUUAUAUCCUGGCUGAGGCCGAGGAGAAGAAACGAGCUGCGUAUCAGAAAGGCUGGAAGACGAUUAUAAACAAGGGUAUUCCUCAACAGAAGAACGACAGUGACUGUGGAGUCUUCAUCUUGGAGUACUGCAAGUGCCUGGCAUUGAAAGAGCCGCUGCAGUUCACACAGGAGGACAUGCCCAAAGUCCGCAAGAGGAUUUACAAAGAGCUCUGUGACUGUAAACUGAAUGACUGAUCAACCGCAGUGUCCCAGCUCUAGAGAGAGAGUACACCUGCCUUUCCACUGGACCGUGGGCUUUAACGACUGUUUGACCCUUAUUGUGGAAGGGCCAUUAAUACUCUAAAACAUGACGAGCCAAGAAGCGCAGUGGAAACGGGACACGUUGUUUGACUAACGACACAGAGGCGGUGAAAACAACCAUCUGUCAUUCAGUAGAGGUCCAGCGUUGGACUUGUUUUCAUAUACCUUGAUAAUGAGAGGCACUUUUGAGUUGACGUUCACAAAGUUUCCACUGCUGGCUGACUGGCUGGCUGGCUGACUGACCUGGAGCGAACUCUGCUGGUAGGUUUGAGACCGGUAAUGGACCUAUCCAUGUUUAUAACAGGUUUCCUAGCUUCAGCUCUUAAACUGUAAACAGGAGAUUAUAUGGGACAGUAGGUGAAACUUGAAGGUUCUUGUUUUAUAUCAUGUAGUGUUUGCCUGACUAGUGAGGUAGAGAACAAUAACACAUCAAAGGCUAACGUUUAACUGAAUAUACUGUUUUAAUGUUACUUAAUCUCGAACCGCUUCUUAGUUCUUGAGAAACUCCACGUUUUGGCAUCACAAACAGCAGUUUGUUAUCAGGGAGUUAGUUAUGAUUAACCAUGAUGCUCCACUCAGAAUGGCUUCAUGAAAACACACACCUCUUCCUGCUUCUGUUUAAACAAUAAGUGUAUUUUGACAUUUUAGUGUACUGAGAAAGAAUUUAAUGCUACUGCUG